GUUUGUUCGCGUUCGUCUUGACCGCGACGACCGCGUUGAACUUGGGCGCAUGCUCCUCGCCAGCUACUCUCCUUCACCUAUCCUCUGAUUGCCGCGCGAUGCCCUCGUUCCUAUCCAAAGUCUUCACGCGCAAGAGAGAGGAGAAGGACGCUCCCAAGCGCACCUCAGUAGCCUCCCUCCUCGAGGGCAAGUUCGAGGCCGUCUCCCCGCCCGCGUCGCCCUCCGCGACCAACAUCACGCACGCACAGCCGGCUGCGAAGGAGGACAAGAAGGAGAAGGAGAAGGAGAAGGACGCCGGGUUCUCUCUCUUCAGGACCAGGUCGCCCCGCACCACGUCUCCCAAGACAGACGCUGCGAAACCGCAGCUCCCCCACCUCACGCUCAACCUCCCCGAGGACAAGGGCAAGGACGGCCGGCAGCUUGGCGUUGUCUUUGAGGCGGACACGGGUGAUCGUGGUGUCCUGCCCGACAAUGUCCUUGGAGAAAGGCGACUCAGUCCCAACGAGGCGCUCAACCUCGUCAAGGCAUGUUCGACAGCCAUCGUAGACCGUGGUGGCCUGGAGACGCUUGGUGUCAUGCACCCGCACUGGUAUUCCUCGUCGCCCGACGUACAGCGCAGACUAAUCUCUCUAUUUAUCCUCUCCUUGGCUUCCAACAGCCCGUCCACGCUCCCUCCCUCUCCUAAUUCACCCUCUGCUUUAUUUAAUACCGAGUUGGAAUACACCCGCUCUCCGCAUGAUCUCGCCGCCGUCCUCCGUUGGGCCCUUCGCCAUCUCCGGCUCGAGGGUGACUUCUUUGGUAUCGGCAGCAGCAGUGCUGAGCCAUGGCAAUGGUACAAGAAAUUCUCAGAGGCUGAGCGCGUCGCGUCGUACCCUUCUGGUGCGUUCUCAAAGUUUCUCACUCCGCAACUACCCCCGGCACAUCUCCGCCUUCUCGAGACGACGCUCGAGAUCGUCUCGUCUCUUGCUUCGCAUUCCGACCGGAGUGGUGUUUCCGGUAGCAAGCUCUCCAAGCUAUUCGGCCUCUGGCUCCUCACAACCCGGAGAGCGGAGGACGGAGACGACUGGUCGACGUUCUACGCGCGAUGGGAGCGCGCGGGUCGAAUAUUGGAGCAUCUCCUCCUCGCGCAAAUCAGGGAUGAGAUGGCCCGCACGAAGAUGCCCCGGCGUCUUGUCGAACUCGUCACUGGCUAUCCAUAUCUCAAGGGUGGCGAGCCCAAAGACGAGUUCCUGCCACGACCGCGACUCUCGACGAGGAUGUUCGAUGCACUCUAUGUUCGUGUCGAGACGCAGCUUCCCGAUUUUGCGGUUGGCCAGCCCAAACAACCGCCCCAGCAGAUCAUCGCGGACGCUGUCAAGGCAGAAGGCACGCAGCAGGGCGAUGAGCACGUCGGCUUGUGGGAAUUGCUCAAGCAGCAAGCAGACGCUACCGAGAAGGCGCCGUUGGCUGCUGAGGACGACGCCGCUCCAGCGUUGUCGCGCGUCUUCACUGAUGAGACAACGCGCUUGUUCUCCAUGCUCCCCACUGAGGGUUCGAAGACCGAGGCCACCACUGUCAAGCUGGAGGUCCUGGAACCUCGUGGGCGGUCACGGUCUGUCGGGGCAGGUCAGAAUGGCGCGAUCACGAAUGGUACCAGUAGGGCCACCGCGUCCACGACGGACCUCUCGCCAAAGGACUGGACCGACUUUUCGUCUCUCGGGUUCGGCGACAGCUCUAUCGGCAGGGACUUCGCCUCGACGCUCAUGGACAACGACGUCGAGGUGACUGAUCCUCCGCGUGUGCAGCGCGGGUCGAGCAAGAGGCAGAAGGCGAGCACGCCCCGCACGCCGUUCGAUGCGUCGACGACCGGCCGCACCGUCUCGCUUCCGUCGAAGUGCGCGUCGGUCAGCGUCGUCCACAUCGACGAGGCGUUCAUCGACUUCUGGAGCGACGCCCUGCUCGACCCCAUCGCCAAGAACUGGCCCAACUUCGUCGUGUGCCAGCUGAAGCCCAUCGCCGGGCUCGAGGCGAACGGCAAGCCGCUCAGCUGGCUCGUCAUCGAGCAGGUUUUCACGCGUCCGCCGCCCCCGCCCGAGCCGUCGUCGCCCGUCCUGCAGCGCGCAUCGUCGCCGAAGCCGUCGCUGCGAUCGAAUAUCUCUGGGCGCAAGAGCGCGACGUUCUCGACCGCGAAGAAGCGCUUCACGCUCUUCUCGCCCAAGGAGCCGGUCGGGAGCCUCGACGCGAAGCUCGCGCCGCGCAAGAAGACGGGCAGGACGCCGAGGAUCGGGGAGAUGGGCGAGGUUCUUCCUGAGGAGCCCGAGAGCUUGCCUUCAGCUGCUCCCGCUGAGAAGCCUGAGGCAGAGACGAAGGGUCUUGGGUUGACUGGUGCCGAAGUCGCUACGGGUGUGGCUGCAGCGGCUGCUGCUACUGCUGGCACAGCUGCUGCUGCAGACUCGGGGAGGGUCAAUGCUGACCUUCCGCCCGUCCCCAUCGUUGAAGCGGAGGCUCCCUCCGCUGACACGGCGACCUCCGUCUCACACGUCAAGAGCGACGAAGAGCCCACGGAGAAGCCGACGAAGUUCGUCGAACAUAUCACUCCUCCGACAAAUACGUCGCCGGCGUCGUCGGAAGCUGCGGAUGAUGGUGAUGCUGCAGAGUCUAAGGAGUUGCCGCCUGCUCCCGAGCCCGUCGUGCUUGCUGGAGAGACCCCGGGCCCCGACGUGGCGCUCAGCACGAGUGAGCCUGUAGCUCUGGCAGAGGCUUCCGCACACACAGAGAGUGCGCUGGCAGAGGAACCGAGUGCGCCGGAAGAGGAACCGAGUGCCGCCGAGCAGCCUGCGGUUGUCGAGGAGACCCUGCCUGUACAGGAGUCGACCGAAGCCCCAAUACAAGAGGUCGAGGCUAGCACAGCCGCUGCAGAGCCUGUGGUCGUCGCUCCUACCGAGCCAGAGGAGGACUUACCCGCUGCCGCACCCGUGCAGGAGGCCCCCGAUGUACCCGAAGUCGAACCAGAGGCCGAAGCACCGGCUGAAGUAACUGAGGUGCAUGCAGACGUCGAGGCCGCUGCAGAACCCCCUGUUCCAGUUGCAGAACCCGUGCCGGAAGUGCUGCCAACCGAAGAGGAACCGGCUGCUGAGCCGACGUUGGCUUCCGAGACAGUUGUAGCGGAGCCGACUGCGUCUGAGGGCGCGGCCGUUGAAGACGAGCGCGAGGCAGAUCAGGAGAAGGGAAGCACAAGUGGUGCUGACCCAGAACCUGCAGUCACCACACCUGAGCCGGAAGAGAGCGUAUCUGAGGUCCAGGCUGACAGCAUUGUGACUGAAGAAAAGGCUGCAGAAGCACCGGUGUCCUCAGAACUCGAGCAAGGACAUGCAACAGGUACAUUCGUGCAGGUCCGCGCUGCUGUAGGGCUUCACUGAUAUCAUCAUAACUUUAGACGAGACUCAGAACGGGUCUGCACAUAAGGC